AUGGAGGAUUAUUCCAGUGCAAAGUUAAAAGCCUGUGUUCAAGAUGUAGGUGGAGUGGUAAGUUUGAAUCUAAGUGGAAAAGGACUCUCCAGGGUACCUGAUGCAGUCACUGAACUGACUGAAGUGGAGGAACUUUGGCUGGAUGACAAUAACCUGACUGAAUUACCAACAAGUAUUAACAAGCUGAAGAAUCUUAUCACGCUCCAUUUGAAUGGUAACAAAUUUACAGAACUUCCUUCUGAGAUUGGUGACUUAAAGGAGCUAAGGAGGCUAGAUGUGAGUUAUAACCAGUUGGUUAGUUUACCUCCCAGUGUACAGAAGCUGAACCAGCUUAAGGAGCUGUACUUGUAUGGUAACAAAUUUACAGAACUUCCUUCUGAUAUUGGUGACUUAAAGGAGCUAUUGUCGCUGGAUGUGAGUAACAACCAGUUGAUUAGUUUACCUACCAGUGUACAGAGGCUGCACCAACUUGAGGAGCUGCACUUGUCUGAUAACAAACUUACAGAACUGCCUUCUGAGAUUGGUGACUUAAAGAAGCUGAGGAGGCUGAGUGUGAGUGACAACCAGUUGGUUAGUUUACCUACCAGUAUACAGAAGCUGAACCAGCUUGAGGUGCUGAAGUUGUAUCAUAACAAACUUACAGAACUGCCUUCUGCGAUUGGUGACUUAAAGAAGCUGAGGAGGCUGGAUGUGACUAACAACCAGUUGGUUAGUUUACCUACCAGUAUACAGAAGCUGAACCAGCUUGAGGUGCUGCUGUUGUAUCAUAACAGACUUACAGAACUGCCUUCUGGGAUUUGUGACUUAAAGAAGCUGAAGAGGAUGUUUGUGAUUGACAACCAGUUGGCUAGUUUACCUACCAGUAUUCACAAUCUGAACCAGCUUGAGGAGCUGUACUUGUCUGGUAACAGACUUACAGAACUGCCAUCUGAGAUUGGUGACUUAAAGGAGCUGAGGAAGCUGGAUGUGAGUAAUAACCAGUUGGUUAGUUUACCUACCAGUGUACAGAGGCUGCACCAACUUGAGGAGCUGCACUUGUCUGAUAACAAACUUACAGAACUGCUAUCUGAGAUUGGUGACUUAAAGAAGCUGAGGAGCCUGGAUGUGAAUAACAACCAGUUGGUUAGUUUACCUACCAGUAUACAGACGCUGAACCAGCUUGAGAUGCUGCUGUUGCAUUAUAACAGACUUACAGAACUGCCUUCUGGGAUUUUUGACUUAAAGAAGCUGAACAUCCUGUUUGUGAGCCACAACCAGUUGAUUAGUUUACCUACCAGUAUACAGAAUCUGAACCAGCUUGUGGAUCUGUUCAUGAACGAUAACAAACUUACAGAACUGCCAUCUGAGAUUGGUGACUUAAAGAAGCUGAAGAGGAUGUUUGUGAUUGACAACCAGUUGGCUAGUUUACCUACCAGUAUUCACAAUCUGAACCAGCUUGAGGAGCUGUACUUGUCUGGUAACAGACUUACAGAACUGCCAUCUGAGAUUGGUGACUUAAAGGAGCUGAGGAAGCUGAAUGUGAGUAAUAACCAGUUGGUUAGUUUACCUACCAGUGUACAGAGGCUGCACCAACUUGAGGAGCUGCACUUGUCUGAUAACAAACUUACAGAACUGCAAUCUGAGAUUGGUGACUUAAAGGAGCUGAAGAAGCUGAAUGUGAGUAUCAACCAGUUGGUUAGUUUACCUACCAGUGUACAGAGGCUGCACCACCUUGAGGAUCUGCGCUUGUCUGAUAACAAACUUACAGAACUGCCAUCUGAGAUUGGUGACUUAAAGAAGCUGAAGAAGCUGUAUGUGACUGACAACCAGUUGGUUAGUUUACCUACCAGUAUACAGAAACUGAACCAGCUUGAGGAGCUGUACUUGUCUGGUAACAGACUUACAGAACUGCCUUCUGAGAUUGGUGACUUAAAGGAGCUGAGGAGCCUGGAUGUGAGUGGUAAUCCUUUAUCUAUGGAUGCAAUACAUGUGCUAGAGAUGAAGAAAAAGGGAAGGACCAGUUCGGUUAUUACAGGUGGGUGUGGGGAUAAUUUUCAAUGA